CGGCGGUGGCUGAAGAAGGAGAAGAAGAAGAGAAGGGAAGGGAAACGGAAACGUGAAGCGUUACAAUGGAGGCGGCGGUUUUUAUCCUGUCUCUUGUGGAUUGUUGUGCACUGAUUUUUCUCUCGGUAUACUUUAUUAUCACUCUGUCUGAUCUAGAAUGUGACUACAUUAAUGCUCGUGCUUGCUGCUCCAAGCUUAACAAAUGGGUGAUUCCUGAGAUGAUUGGGCAGUGUCUCUCAAUGAUGCUCAUGUUGGUCUCCAUGCACUGGUUCAUUUUCCUAUUGAACAUGCCCGUAGCAGCCUGGAACAUUUACAGGUAUGUGAAAAUUCCUAUGGGAAACAUGGGUGUUUUUGACCCAACUGAAAUCCACAACCGGGGUCUACUUAAAUCAUACAUGAAGGAAGCCAUGAUUAAACUAGGAUACCACCUGCUCUGCUUCUUCAUUUAUUUGUACAGCAUGAUCCUGGCUCUGAUCAAUGACUGAAACCUUCAGCAGUUCGCCCAUCUUCACCCCGGUAUUUUCUGGAUGAAACAUCCCAAAACACUUUGUUGUCAGAAUCCUGAGUUUGCAGUUUUGAUACAGUUAUAUGGUUAAUAUUUAACCAUUUAAUGCUUAACAUGUUUGAAACAGCCCAAAGAAAUGUUUGUUUUGUGAUAUAGAAAACUGCCAUAUGUUAUUUCAUUUUCAAACCUUUGUUUGGCAUCAAGGAACUUCUCACUUGCUACUUGAUGCCCUGAAAUAAGAAACUUUCACUGUACAAUUGUGUAUGUUUUUGGUGGGUUCUUUUUUUUAAGAGUUUAAACCAGCUAAAAGAAACACCUAAAAUGUUACUUUCAAAGAAAUUCACUGGAAUUCAAUGAAAAAUAUGUAUUGUUGAUGGGGAAAGCUUGCUUCAAUGCUGUAAAUAUAUUGAUAAAAGCUGAGCAUAGGUGUUGAUUGGACUAAGGCGAAGUGUGCAGAAAGGUUUGGAUCUGUAUACACUCAUGGGGGGGGGAAUUUCAUCCUUGUUUCAUUACUUGUUCAUUCUAAUGUCGGAUGGGAGAAAAAACACAGCUGUUUGGACAAAUAUCAAAAUAAAAAUAGCCAAUAAGAGUUUAAUUAAAAAGUUGAUAACAAGAAUUUUCCACAGAUUCUUGUUAAUAACCAACAUUACAGAAGCAUUUGAAUUAAUAGCCCUUUUACUGCCAGAAACUGCUAUUAGGCAUCCAAUGUUUUCUGUUUCUUUUUGCUAAAUGGAAACAUAGUUCUGGUUUUCGAAAGCAAAGUUGGUCUAAAAUAUUUCCCAUUUAAUAUUUUCCCGCUCUUAAAGAACCAUGUAAAAUCAGAUUUUUACUUAAUACAGAACAUCACAUGAAGAAAGUUAUGGAUGCUGUGAUUGAGAAGUAUUUCAUUUCAUUAUAAACCAACUUGACAGUAACAUUGUGCUCAUAAUUUCUCUGGUGUAAAAGAAUUUAAAUCUAAAAGUAGCUUGAUUACAGCUUCAAUUACCACCAAUGGGUUGUUCCAGUGUUAAAAGAAAAAACAGACAAAUCAAAAUUCACAUAACUACUUGUGGUUUUAUGUUACUGUUUUAUGCUGAGAAACCCCAUCUAUGAAAUGUUCACAUGCCUUAUUCAUUGCUUAGUACUACUUAAUAUUUUAUGUACUUAAUAUUCUGGCAUGAAUCAAUAACAAUAUGAUAAGUAGUUUAAAUUUGCUUGGAAAAUUCUAAUUUCUUGGAUCCAAAAGCACUAUUGAGCACUAAAUUGAGUAUAUUCUGUUGGAAUUUAUAUGAAAUGUGAAACCUGACAUUACUGACCAUUGUGGGAAAACUUGUCAUGCUAUAAAAGUUUUUUGCAUAAGAUCCAUCCUUUAAAGCCCUUUUACAAAUCUGCCGUU